AGAAACCCAAUUGAUGCCGGUGAGAGGUAGCUACGUUUCACGCAGGUGACCAUAUCUACGUUGGAGAGAGAAAGGGGGUGAAGUUCUCGGGAAUUUGCACGCCUCUUCAAUUGUGAUCGGAUUAAAAAUAAAACAGAAUAAUUCUUUCGAAGAAAAGGAAUAAACGCUUCUUGGAUUUUUCUCCUCUAUUGCUUCUCCGGGCGAUCGACGCCGCCUUUAGAGAAGCAGAGCACGAUUUUUAAUUUUCCUGAGCUUUGUAUCUGAUGAAUACCUUAUAAAAAUUCUGGGCGACUUCCCUUGGUUUAAAUCUCGAGGUUUCCAUUAGCGAUCGUUAAAAAAACAAAAAAUCUAAGCUUUAGCGGUAGAUGGAGUUACAGAGGGAAGCUCCUUCCUUGCUGGAGCUCUGCAAACAGUUGGCAAUCGAUAAUGUUAGAUACAUCGGCAACGUUGAAGCUGUGGAUUUGCAUCUGUUGGAGGAUAUUUUACCUCACUGUACUAUCGAUCAAUUGACUCGCAUCGAAGAUGCUACAAUAGGAAGGGACCUCAGUCCGGUGACCAACAACUUGUGGAAGAGAUUCUACGAGAAACAAUUUGGUGUGGAUAAUACAAAUAACGUUAUCAGGAGGAUGAAGCAGAAGAAAGUAGUAUUUAAGUGGAGACGUCUCUAUGAGGCAAAGAUGAAAGUAAUCGAAGAAGAACAAAAUCAGAUAGCUAAAAAAAUUAAACAGAGAUAUGAAGAAAGCGAGGCUAAGAGACAAAGUCGACAGGUCCGACUCUGUAACAAAGUUCCACCUUCAAGCAGUAAAAGAAGCUUUUGUGGAGGAAGCGGAUCUAGCAACAGCUUUUCCAAUUUGAAGGGCAACCUGAUGAAGAAGGCAAAAAUGGAAUAUCUUAAUAGCCACGAGGCAAAAAUACAUGCCACUAUGAGAAAAAAUGCUUUGGGAAGAAAGAGCUUUCCAACCCAAAGUAACCCCCGUUCAUCAAAACCUAAUUUUCCUGGAAAUUCAUUAUCCAAUUCCAAAUUAGCAAAGCCGGUGGCAAGAAAUAAUAGCAAUUAAACUCUUACUUUUGGGAUUCCCUGCCGAGGAAGCAACUUUAUUUGUUAUAUAGUAUGUCUGCUAUGUUUCAUAUCUGGAGCAUCGAAUGGUCUGUCCCCUGGUUGGUUGUCCCCAUUGCUCUGAGUCCGGUCAUCCUUUCUUAUUUCCCUUUUAAGAAAUUCUUUUAUAAGAAGGGGGAAAAAUCUGGGGUUACAUUGUUCGUGUAAAUUUACAACGUUUUCUCUCUGCAUGAUGCCAUUUUACCUUUCAUGAAUUUUUAUGAUGAAUUACCAAUACAGUUCCUUGAUUUUCAGUUCUUGAUUUCA